AGAAAAAAUGGAAAUUAAUUCCUGAAUAAUUUAUUGGGGAUAAUUAAUGAAGCAUUUUAUCGUGGAAUAGCGCCCCUUCUGAACCCCAAUAAACGCACCAAUUUAAUUCCAUUAAUUCCUCUCUUUAUGCUCCUUUUUCCCCUUUGGCGCAUUUUUUAUCGAUUUCGCGAUCCCACGCAACACAAUUACUGGGGAAUUGACCUCCAAAAAAAAAACACAAACAACAAAAGAAAAAAAAUCUUGUGGGCUAUUUUUAAAUCCAAUGCCAGAGACAUCUAAGAAUUUAGUAGCCCCAAAGAUAAAAUGGAGAAAAAAUUCUGCACAGGAUACGCGUAAUGCGAUAAUUUCUGGAGAGGCCGCAAAAAAUGUGCCAAAACCGAUAAGAAAAUCCCUAUAAAAAGGCAGGAGGAGCUGCGAAGAAUUCAGUCGUUCUGUGGACAAGUGGUCAAGUGGAUAAAAAGGAAAAGUGAAGUGCUAAAUAGUAAAAGAGUGGAAAGUGAAAAAAGUUCCAAGUGCUGGAGGAGGAGACCAUGAAGGUCCAGAAAGUGAAAACUCUGUGCUGGUGCUCUGUGUUUGUUCUCUUUGGAUGUAUCAGUGCUGUGUGGGCGGAAAAUGAGCCCAAAACUACCCCAAAUGGGGGAGAUUUGAUGAAUCCUGAUGAUCAAGAGGUGGCGAUGCGGUUUGAUCAAGUUCCUGUUCAGCUGGAAGAUUUGAUUAAGGAGAAAUUCCCCGGAACAACUGAGGAGCUUCCGGAAGAUCCUGCUGCUGCUCCUGAUGUGCAGAAUGAUGCUCAUGUCGGGAAGGGUUUUAUGGAGAACUUGAUGGGGAUAAAGAAGGGCUACCAUCAUGGUCAUCAUGAGGGUCAUCAUGGGCAUGAUAUGCAUCACAUGUUUCACGGUGGAGGUGGCUUCAACUUCCAAAUGAAGCAACAUCCUUCCUCCUAUGGGCAACAUUCUUCAUCAUAUGGACAGCAUUCGGCUUCGUAUGGGCAACAUCCUCCCUAUGAGCAUCAUCAGUGGACUCAUCAUGAGGGUGGAGCACUCCCAUCAGGUCUCAUAUCGCAAAUGCAGGGAUGUGCGGGGCAACCGAAUCAACCGCUAAAUGCUGUGCUAAAGUGCACCUCCAACAGCAACACCUGCAAAGCCACCUGCAUGGCGAACUAUCAAUUCCCAAAUGGUGAAACAACCCUCCUGAUCUCCUGCGUUGAAGGAGAAUGGAUUGUUCAGGGGGCAGAAUGGCCUCAAGUUCCUUCGUGUGAACCAAUCUGCAUGCCAAAAUGCCAGAAUAAUGGGAUCUGCAUCUCUCCGGGUGAAUGCAAAUGCUCUGAAAAUUUCCGUGGACCACAGUGUCAGUAUGAGAACAAGUUGUGCCUCCAGAAACCUUCUCUUCCUUCCAAUUCCCGGCAAACGUGCACUUCCAGCCAAUGCACGAUAUCCUGCGCCAAAGGCUAUCGUUUUCCCGAUGGCACAACAGUUACCAAUGUGGUCUGUCGCGAAGGGGAGUGGACCCCAAAGAGGGGAGAUUGGCCAACUGUCCCAGAUUGCCAGCCUGUGUGCUCUCCAAAAUGCAGAAAUGGCGGAAAUUGCUUAUCCUUCAAUGUUUGCCAGUGCCCUCCGGAAUUCCGUGGACCACAGUGUCAGUACAGUGUGGAUAAUUGUGCACCGAAGAAGAUGAAAUUCAACGGAGGAUACAAUUGCUCAGGGACCGGAGACACCAUCAGCUGCACCCUCUACUGCCCACAGGGUGUUAAUUUUGACUUCCAACCUGCUCCUGUGUACACCUGUAGCUAUGCCAAAGGAGUCUUCUCCCCGGAAACUGUUCCCAAGUGCGUCUUUGGGGAUAAUAUGGAUGUUAUCUCAAUGGGGGGAUACAAGCAGAACACCCUGAUUCGUACGGGGCAAACUAUUAGUGGGGGAAGUUGGUCAUUUUCCGGAGGAGGUGGUGGUGGGUAUCAAGAGAUUGAGAUAACAAAGACACGAAAGUACAAAGAUGGUGGUGGGUAUGAGAUUGAAGGGCAGCAAGGGGAGGAAUUUGAAGUGAUUCAACUGCCUGGAGUUUACAAUCUCUACAUCUCCAAUGACGUAGGGAUUGUCUUCCGGGAACCAAAGGCAUCAAUCUGUAUGACAUGGAAUGGGAAUAAAGUGAAGACAUUCGAUGGGCUUAUCUACAGCUCCCCCUUCUACUGCUCUCACACCUUGAUUCAUGAUCAGGUCGAUGGGGCUUUCAGUGUAAUUGUUAGAGCUUGUCCUCUGGGCGCCGUACAGCCCUGCCCACAUAGCCUCGUGAUCUUCCUCCUCAAUAUGAUGUACACGUUUGAGAAGGUGAAUGGAACUGUGAAGUUUUCCAGCCCUAAAUCCGAAAUACCCAUCCCGUCUCAGCUCACGGGGAUGAAGGUCACAAUGAUUGGGCAUAAAGUGAAGAUUGUCCUGGAAUCCAUUCAAACUUCCAUCCUCUGGGACACGGAGAAGUUGGUUGUUGUGGAAGCUUCGGCAUCACUGUGGAAUCGAACAGGAGGGCUCUGUGGUACAAUGGACAUGGAUGUUCGGAAUGAUUUUAUCUCAAAAACCGGAGCAAAACAGAAGCUCGCAAGGACCUUUGUGGAUUCGUGGCGAACACCAAAUGUCGACGUGGAUAAGAGUAAAUGUAUUGCAACGCAGGUGGAGGACAUUGAUACGGCUAAAUGUGAUCCGGAGGUGCGGAAGAAGGCUAAGACGGUGUGUGAGAAGCUGGUAAAGAGUUCCAAAUUCACAAAUUGCCUGGAAAAGUACAAUGCUGAUGUCCUUGUUGAGUCAUGCAUUGCGGAUUAUUGCUUCUGCCCCGUGGCUGAGCAUCCGGAAGAAUGCUCAUGCGAUGGUGUGUCGGUUUUUGCUCAAGAUUGCGUCUUUCAGGGCAUUGAGUUUGAGCACGGAUGGAGGGAUAUGGAGAUUUGUCCUCAUCCUUGUUCCGAUGGACGAAUUUACAGGGCUUGUGGUCCAUCUUCGGAGCCAUCCUGUGGGGUUGCUGUAACAAAUGAAAAGGACCCGCAAUGCAGGGAAGGAUGCUUCUGCCCUGUUGGAACAAUUCAGCACGAUGGGAAGUGUAUUGAUCCCUUCCAGUGUCCUUGUCAAUUGCGCGGGAAGUCCUUCAAGGCUGGUGCUCAAGUGAAGAAAGACUGCAACACGUGUACAUGCGAGAAUGGUUCGUGGAAGUGCACAGAUGUUAGCUGUGGAUCACGCUGUGGUGCCAUUGGGGAUCCUCACUAUGUCACUUUUGAUGGGAAACGUUUUGAUUUCAUGGGAAAAUGCUCCUAUCGUUUGUUCCUUACGGAAAACGUCACUGUUGAUGCGGAAAAUGUUGCAUGUCCCGGAAGUAUUUCCGAAGCAAUGGAGCUCAUCCCUACGAGUCUCGAUAUGCCAUCUUGUACGAAAUCCGUCACGAUUUCCUACAAAUUCGGCGAUGAGAAGCAGCGGAGUAUAAAGUUGAAGCAAGGGAGGGUUAUUCUGGUGGAUGGGCAGGAAGUGAAGAAGCUCCCGAAGACUCUCGUGCGGGGACUCCUUAAGAUCCGUCAGGCAAGCUCGACGUUCCUUUCGGUGGAGUUUCAGGAUGGAUUGAAGAUUUGGUGGGAUGGGGUUACGCGGGUUUACAUUGACGCCCCAGCUUCGUAUCGCGACAGGACUCAGGGGCUCUGUGGGACAUUCAAUUCCAAUCAACAAGAUGAUUUUCUCACCCCAGAAGGGGAUAUUGAAUCCGCCGUUGAGCCUUUUGCUGACAAGUGGAGAACUAAAGAAACAUGCCCCUACAUUACGGACACAACUCCUGUUCCUCAUCCUUGCCAGGUGAACAUUGAGAAUAAGAGCAAGGCUGAGAAGGUUUGCGGGAAGCUCAAAGGGAAGAUUUUUGAUGAUUGUCAUUGGUACGUUGACUACAUGCCCUUCUACGAGGAUUGUCUCUAUGAUGUUUGUGCCUGCAAAGGGGACGAUGUGAAUGCCUGCCUCUGCCCCAUUCUCUCCUCCUAUGCUGCUGAAUGUGCCCGCCAAGGUGUUGUCAUCAACUGGCGCCUCACAAUCACCGAAUGCGGCGUCAAAUGUCCUCCUGGGCAGGUGUUUGAGGAAUGUGGAGAUUCCUGUGCGCUCACAUGUGAGGAUCUCCAGGCAGACUACCCAUGCAGGAAGCACUGUGUGGAGGGAUGUCGUUGCCCCGAUAGACAAGCUCUCAAUGAAGACAAUGAAUGCAUUCCAGUAGGAAUGUGUGCUUGUGCCUACAAAGGACUAACUUUCCGUCCCGGAUACAGAGAAGUCCGUCCUGGGAAUAAAUUCCUCGAACUAUGCAAAUGUUCCGGAGCUACGUGGGAUUGUGUGGAAGCUAAGGAUGGGGAUGCAGAGAAAUAUCCUGCAGCUGCAGAUAUCCGGAGUAAAUGCUUAGCCAGCAAUAAUGAAGAAUUCACAACUUGUGAACCAAUUGAACCGAUAACUUGCAAAAAUAUGCAUGAAAUUGAGGAAUCAACCCCAGCUGAAUGUGUGGCAGGAUGUGUUUGCAAGAAAGGCUUCGUCCUGGAUAUGUCAACGAAGAAAUGCGUCCGCCCGAAGGAUUGUUCCUGCCACCAUGGCGGCAUUAGCUACAAGGAUGGCGCAAAAAUAAAGGAAAAUUGCAACACGUGCGAAUGCAAAGGUGGCGCAUGGAAGUGCACAGAGCAUCAAUGUCCAGGAGUUUGUACAUCCUGGGGUGAUUCGCAUUUCACCACAUUCGACGGGAAGGAUUUUGACUUCCAAGGUGUUUGCAAUUAUGUCCUGGCAAAGGGAAGUCUCGGCAGCACUGAUGGUGGCUUCUCUGUGACAAUUCAGAAUGUCCUGUGUGGCUCUCUGGGGGAGACUUGCUCAAAAUCAGUUCAUAUUUCAAUUCAAGGAAGUAAUCCCGAAUCCUUGACACUCUCUGCGGAUUCCCCAAUUCCUGGGAUUAAGGACAGCCACGAUAGGCAGAAGAGCGUUCAGAAUACAACACUGAAAUCCUUGCUGGUGUACAGAGCUGGGAUUUUUGUGGUUGUGGAAGCACCAGAGUUGGGAUUGCAGGUGAAAUGGGAUCGUGGAACGAGGGUUUACAUCACCCUGACGAAUCAGUGGCGCGGGAAGGUUCAAGGACUCUGUGGGAACUUUAACAGUGACAUUCAGGAUGAUUUUAAGACCCCUUCAUCAGGUAUUGAAACGAAUCCGGUUAUUUUUGGGGAUUCCUGGAAGCUUCAAGAUUAUUGUCCGAAAACAACAGAGCAGGUGGAUUCCUGUGCAAAACACCCGCAUAGAACGAUGUGGGCUCAGAGAAAGUGUGGUGUUCUCAAGACUGGAGCCUUCCAGGCUUGUCAUUCAGAAGUUCCCGUUGAUAACUUCCUCAAACGCUGCACCCACGACACCUGUGCCUGCGAUCAAGGUGGGGAUUGUGAGUGUCUGUGCACAGCCCUUGCUGCCUACGCACAUGCCUGUGCCCUAAAAGGUGUCCCAAUCCGUUGGCGAACACCUGACCUCUGUCCAAUGCAGUGCGAUCCCGAAUGCUCCUCAUACAAUCCUUGCAUCUCAACCUGCCCUAUUGAAACCUGCGACAAUGCUAUGCCUUCGGGGAAAGACAAGUGGAUGUGCAGCGAAGACAGCUGCGUAGAAGGAUGCAAGCUCAAAGGAUGUCCAGAAGGGCAGAUUUAUUCCAAUGAAUCCUACUCUGAUUGCGUUCCAAGAUCAACAUGCAAACCAAUCUGUAUGGAGCACGAAGGGAUCCUUUACUACGAAGGUGACGUUGUUUCGUCUGAUCUCUGCCAGACUUGUCGCUGUUCACGAGGUAAGAAAAUCUGCAGCGGAGCUCCUUGUCCAGUGGGGGUGACAACCGUAGAAGACAUGUACAUUACUCUGAGACCCUAUCAGGAGGAAGACAUGAAGUGUAUCAGUGGGUGGUCUGGGUGGAUAAAUCAGGAUGUUUCAUACGUUCAGGAUAUCGUUGAAACGUCCAAAAAAGCGCAAAAGAUCGGAGACAAAGAACCGCUUCCAUCAUACCUGCUAAUGAAAAAUGUAGAAGGAGGUGAAGGAGCAACUUGUUCCCCAUCGAAAAUAGCCCAGAUUGAAUGUAGAACCGUUCGUGGGCACAAGUCUCCAAAAUCAACGGGAGAGAACUGCGAAUGUUCCUUGGAGCGUGGUCUAGUAUGCGAAGGAUCCUGCUCAGACUAUGAAAUUCGCGUUCUCUGCGAUUGCGAUGGAACUUACGAGGUUGAGCAUAAAACUCCAGCCCCACAGAUUCCUUCUGUGUGUGAUCCAACAGUACCGCACGUUGAAUUUCCAGGAGAUUGCUACAAAUUCCUCCACUGUAUGCCAAUGCCAGAUGGCUCGUGGAAGUAUGCGGAGAAGACGUGUGGGCCAACAAUGAUGUUCAAUCCGCAAUCAAUGGUGUGUGAUUGGGUAUUUUCUGUGGCUGAGAUUAAGCCUGAAUGUGGGAAGCCUAAGGAAGAAACAACAGCAGCUCCGGUUAAAAUUCUUGGUAGAUGUCCUCCUGGGGAAGUCUGGACUGACUGUAUGAUCCCAUGUGGAAAGUCAUGCAACUACUACAAUUGGAUGUUAAAAAAGAACGGCUUCUGCUCUAGUGUGUGGGAUGAAUUGGUUGGUUGCGUUGGAGGAUGCAUUAAUGCAACCUACGCGGAAAUAACUUGUCCUCCUGGAGGCUUGUGGAGAGAUAAGUCCUCGUGUGUCCUGCCCAAUCAAUGCACUUGCGUUAGCAAGAAUGGAAGCGUAGUCAAACCAGGAGAAGUCUUCAGGGAAUCCGAUUGUGAGCUCUGUCAGUGCCUGGAUAAUGCCUAUGUUUGUGAUUCAACAACUUGCAGGAAGCAUGAAGUACAGUACACCGUUGCCGUGGAACAGACUACAGAAGUACCUCCGAUAAUUUUCACAAAACAUCCAAUCCUUGUGACUCCUGCUAUCCCUCCUAAAGUCACUGAACGUCCUCUAAUAAUUCCGAGUACAUUGUCUCCACCACCUGUUUGUGAUCUGGACAAAUAUGAGCUGAUUCCUGUGCUAAGUGGAGAAGACAGUCAAAUUCCGGAUACAGCUUUUUCAGCUUCGAGUGUUUUGGGAUCAUCUUUUGAGCCCUACUACGGUCGAAUUAAUUCAAAACCCAAUGAAGUGUCAAGCGGAAGUUGGUCUCCGGCUGUUAAUGAUGACAAGCAGUACCUUCAGAUCGCUUUCCCGCAGUUAACGCCUCUAUACGGAGUUCAGAUCAGUGGAAGUCCAAUCUACAAUCACUACGUAACGCUCUAUAAGAUUCUCUUCAGUUACGAUGGUGUGGCUUUCAGUUAUGUCAAAGAUGGGGAUGAGCCUCAAUUGUUUUAUGGGCCAGUUGAAUCUCAUGCAAUGACUGAAACAUUGUUCAAGGUUCCCUUUGAGGCUAAAGUUGUGAGGAUUCUUCCGCUGAAGUGGCAUCAAUCCAUUUGUAUUCGAAUUGAAUUGUUGGGAUGUGGGAAAGUUCCUCCGAAAGAACGGCAGGAAGUUCUGCCGCAAAGCAGAAAGAGAACCACAACAACGUCGACAAGUACAACAACCACGACGACAACAACGACAACUACAACAACUCCAAAGAGCGUAACUGAGUCAACCACAACAACAACAACGAAGAAACCAACUCCAGCUCCGAUAAAAUUAACAACUUCAAUAAAAGAGGAAGUAGUUCAGCCACUCUGUGAUGAUCCGAUGGGAAUUGAGAACGGGAAGAUGAGUCCUCCGCAGAUCAAGUUUAGCUCUUCAAAGGCUGAUCAUUUGGUCCUAAGGACACCUCCCAGUGCAAUUGAGCAGCUAAAAUUGACUUCUUCGAAGGGAUGGAUGCCGAAUUUGGACACAACGAAUGAAUUUGUUGUUUUUGACUUCUUGGACAAGAGGAAUCUUACGGGGCUUCAGGUGAAGGGUGGUGACUACGGGUGGGUUACAGCCUACAGGGUCUUCUACAGUCAAGAUGAGCAGCUGUGGAAUCUCAUUAUGAGUCCCGAUGGCUCCGGGAAGCUCUUUGGAGGACCCGUUGAUGGACAAAUCAUUAAGGUCAAUAUGUUCAAGUUCCCAAUUCAAGCUAGAUACCUAAAGGUCGUUCCUACUAAAUGGCAUCAGGCGAUAGAAAUGAAAAUUGAACCACUUGGAUGCUUCCAACCGUACCCUGUAAUUGAGGAGGAGAAGAAGAUUGAAGAAGUUGGACAAAAACCCAAAGUUCAGUGCGGCACCUGUCGUGGUGUCCUUCUGCAUCCAAGCGCUUCCGAAGGGAUCUGCAAAUGCUACCCACCGCUCGCUUGGAAUGGUGAGGAGUGUAUUCAACCGAGUCAGUGCCCCUGCAUGGUUGGACACAUUCCCUACGACGUUGGAGCGCAUUUUGAGCUUGAAGAUUGCUCUGAGUGCGUUUGUGUCCUUGGUGGGAAUUCUCAGUGCAAGCCCAAGGAGUGUCCUCCAUGCGAGAAGGGUCUUCGUCCUGUUAAAUCCCCCAAUUGUGUCUGUUCGUGCGAAACUUGUCCGCAAUUUACGAUUCUCUGCCCAACAAGUGGGGAAUGUCUGGCUGAGCAUUUAUGGUGCAACGGGAUCAUGGAUUGUCCUGACGAUGAGAUCAAUUGCAAGCCCAAAGGACCUACAAUUGAGACAGUUUUAAAUAUAACAAAAACCUGCCCUGCUCCGGUUUGCCUGCCCGGUUAUCGUGUUAAGGUGAUCGAAAAGAAACCCAUUGAGUCCGCAAUGUUGGCACAAAAAACAAAAGGACGAUGGAGGAAGAUACAUGCAAAGUAUUCCAAAUUCAAUUUCAAGAAGCAACGCUACAACUCGCGCUUGGCUACUCCGUCACAGGCGACACAGGCUGUUGAUGAGCCGGAGAAGUGUAUUGAAUUCAUCUGUGUGCCGGAGAAGGUGAUAAAGCCAAAGGAUGAAGCAAUGGUGCUUACGUGUACGAAGCCAACAUGCCCCGAAGGGUACACUUUGACCAUGGAGAAGCCAACUUCCCCAACAGCCUGCCCCACAUUUGACUGCGAACCAAUUCCGCAGAGGGAUGCUGUGUGCAAUGUAACCGGAAGGAUGUUCAACACCUUCGAUGGGAUGGAGUAUAAAUUUGAUGUUUGCAGUCACGUCCUGGCGAGGGAGUGGAAAGGAGGCAAUUGGACCAUCACAUUGCUCAAGAAUUGCUCAGCUGGUGACUUUAGGUGCACAAAAGAAGUGGAGAUCACUGAUGUUGAGUUCGAGUGCAUCCUGACGCUCUAUCCGGAUCUCACGGUCAAGUACAAUGGGUACAUUUACACGGUGGAUCAGCUACAGAAGGGCCUAGCCAAGAUGAAUUUUGGUGUGUCAAAGGUUGGCGCAACGGUGGUCUUUGUGUCGCACAAUCAUGGCUUCUGGGUGACUCUCGAUGAGUACGGGGACAUUAAGAUUGGUGUGAGUCAGAAGUAUUCAUCGCACGUUGAUGGGCUCUGUGGGUACUUCAAUGGCUUUCCCGGGGACGAUAAACACCUCCCCAAUGGGCAGGAUGCGAAGUCAACGGUGGAAUUUGGGGAUGCGUGGUACGUUGAUAGGAUAUCGAAGGAUAAUUGUCAACCACAUGCAUGCCCACGGGAUGUCCAGGAGGAAGCCCUGCAGAUUUGCAAUGCAGUCUCCGGGGAAACAUUCAGCGUGUGCGAGAAAUCCGUGGAUAUGGAGAAGUUCACGGCGAAGUGCAUUGAAACGGCAUGUGAAUGCCUCAGAGCAGCACGAACUUCCGAGACGUCGGGGAAGCCUCCGGCGCAUCGAUGCAAAUGCUCAAUUUUGCAGGGAUUUGUCCGGGAAUGCUUGGCGGCUGAUGAUAAGGUUCACUUGGACACGUGGAGAUCAACGUAUGAUUGUGAAAUUCCCUGCCCACCAUCCCUCGUUCAUCGUGACUGCUACAGACGGAGGUGCGAGUUGUCGUGUGAUACUUUGAAGAGUGAUGACUGUCCCUAUUUGCCAGGAACAUGCUUCUCCGGGUGCUACUGCCCCGAAGGAACUGUGCGGAAGGGAGAAAAGUGCGUUAAACCAUCACAGGAAUGCAGAGAUUGCGUCUGUGAUGGCUUCGGGCAGUCUCAGUAUGUUACGUAUGAUAAGAGCAAUUUUACAUUCGAUGGGAAUUGCACGUAUCUCCUCACCAGAGAUCUCGUAAUCCCAGGUGUCUAUACAUUUGAGGUCUUUGCAACGCUGGGGCAGUGCAAGGGUGCCUCAACGUGCACGGAAGCCCUCCACAUCCUCCACAAUAACAACAUUGUUCACCUUCAGCGGAAGCAGGGAACGAAUGAGAUUGAAACUUUCGUCAAUGGGGCUCAAGUGCGACAACUUCCGUACGCCAAGGAAUGGAUAAAAGUUACAGAGGAGCCGGGAAAACUCAUCAGAAUCCUCCUCCCGCUAUCUCAUCUGGAGCUAACGAGCGCCUUUGAGGAUAUGUCCUUCUCAAUUCGCGUCCCCAGCCUCAAGUAUGGAUCAAAAAUGGAGGGAUUGUGCGGGGAUUGCGAUGGUGAGCCCGAGAAUGAUUUAGUGAUGAACAAAGAGGUGAAGGAAGUGAAGGAAAAUCCCACAAUUCAGGACAUUGUAACAAGUUGGCAAACCAAGAAUCCCGCUCUCAAUCUCCCCGCUGAUGAGUGCGUGAGUGAGGAACGUGCUGAGAUUAAUUGUCUCCCCCUGCCACCGGAGAAGGAUCCCUGCAUGAGGAUUUUCGAGCAGGAAGUCUUCGGGCAGUGUCACCUCGUUGUGGAUCCCAUAAUGUACUUGUCAUCGUGUCAGCAGGAUCUCUGCCGCACGGGGGCCAGUCAGAAGGGGGCAUGUGAAUCCUUGGCAGCCUAUGCGAGGGAAUGUGCUCAAAAUGGAAUCUGCAUUGAUUGGCGAAAGCCCGAUUUCUGCCCCUACGACUGUCCAGCACAUCUCACGUACAAAGCCUGCGGCUGCAGGGAUUCAUGUGAGACCUUCCUGAAGAAGGAGCAGCAGCACAUUCAUCUCGAUGUGUGCACUGUGAAUCACGAGGAGGGAUGCUUCUGUGCAAAUGACAAAAUCCUCCACAAUGGCAUUUGCAUUCUGCCCAAGAUGUGUCAAGCCUGCGACGAUGAUCACUUUGCCGGUGAUAUCUGGUACAAGGAUGCCUGCAAUAGGUGCGAAUGUUUCGCCGAUGGGAAGAUAAUUUGCACAAAGACCGAAUGCCCAGCAGAGGAGGUGGUGUGCAAUCGUGGAUUCCGUGCCAUUGAGAUGCCAACAGUUGACUCAUGUUGCAAGAAAUUUGUCUGUGUUCCGGAGGAAAUUGAAUUAGUUCAGCAUGAAUGCCCUGACACGCCGCUGCCCAAAUGUGGGGAGGAUCAAGUGAAGAAAAUUGAAAAGGACAUCAACAAUUGCACGAAAUUCAUUUGCGAAUGCAAACCUGCUGAUGAUUGUCCACCACCUGAGGAAUUCCCGCAGAAACUCCUUCCUGGCUUUAGGGUUGUGAAGGAUUCCUCGGGAUGCUGUCCAACAAGUCGCCUUGAGUGCGAUAGAUCCCUCUGUCCGCCAAAGAUAAGCAAAUGCCAGGAAGAAUUCUUCGAAAUCACCGAAACACCAGCAAAGGAGGGAGAAUGUUGCGAUGUUGUGCGAUGUGAGGAGCCAAAGGGGGUUUGUAUUGUGACUGAGGGUGCAAGUAGUGUGUUGAAGAAGAUUGGAGAGAAGUGGAAGUCUUCGGAUCCGUGCCUGAAUCUCAUUUGCUCAAUAACUCCAAGUGGAAGCGUCACUGUGAGUGCUGAGAAGGAAACGUGCGACGAUCAGUGCAAAAUUGGCUACAAAUAUCUUUCUCCAACAUUUGGCUCGGACAAGUGUUGUGGGCAAUGCGUGCAGUCUCAUUGCAAAGUUGAAGAUGAAUUUUACGAUCUCGGAGCUGAGUGGAAGAGCCCGGAUAAUUGCACGAAUUUCCGCUGUGAAAUGAAAGAUGAUCAAUUCUAUAUUGUUGCUGAGCAGGAAUCCUGUCCGAAUGUUGAGGAUUGUCCCGAAGGGAGGAGAUACAAACAGGGAUGCUGCACGUUGUGUCAACCAGAAAUCUCAGAGCAGAAGAAAUGCAUUCCUGAUGUUCACACUGAAGCUGACACAGUUGGUUUAAUCUCCCAGGCAACACCCACUCAUGGGCAAUGCAGGAAUCUCUCACCACUGCCACUCUUGGAUGUCCUCCUAACAUGCUCAGAUGGUCACAAAUACAGCACCAAAGUCCCCAUUCCCAAAACAUGCGAUUGCUCCCAAUGCCCUGCUCUGUGAAGGUUAUCAACGGCAAUAAAUUGCAAAAGAAAUGAGGAAGAAUCGAAUAAGAAAUUCGCCAAAAAAGCAGAACAAGAAGCACAAAACUCUUUUUUUUUUAAUUGACGCACAAGCUUUGUUUUUUGAGAUAGCCAAUAAAAAAAGAAGGUGAAGACACACAAAA